GUUUUGUUUUCAUUUCGUAUAAAUUGUAUCUUUGACGAUUCUAUCUUGUCUUCCAUUGUUUCCCCUUGUAUUUUCACCAGAGAUUGUCACCAGACGUCCGUUGAUCCUGGAAGAAGCGGACGACAAUCACCCCUCUAUACUGCAUAGUGUAUACACUUCACAAUGUCGUCCUCCACCGCGGCGGAUAUGGAUCUUCCCAUCGCGCUUCGGCGAACGCGUCGGAGCAUCAACACUACUAUUCAGCCGGGUGGUGACAGAAGUCGGACUGCGCGAGAAGCGCCGUCGACUUCGCGUACGCCCAGAAAGACGACAUCCAAGAAACGAGUCCGAUUUUCGGAUCCAGGGCCAACCAUAGUCGGACCAUCGUCUACCGGUCUGACGCCAAUGGUGCGGAGGACGUCGCUCAUCCGCGGCACAACACCACGAAGAAGACGCCAGUCCACUCCCGCGCAAACAUGCUCUGGCAACGGCGUCGCCUCUUCUUCGUCCUCUACGAGCGCCUCCCCCCCAACCGCAACGUCGCUGAGCGGCGAGAUACGCCUCCUCCCGCUGCGGCAGGUCCUCGACGGCCGCAUCCAACGGCGCAUCCGGCGCAACGGGCUCAGCGAGGAGAUGAACGCCAUCGCGCAGGAGAAGCGGCUCCGAGCGCGCGAAACGCAGGCCGAGCUGGACCGUCUCCGGGCGCAGCUGCGCGAGAAGGACGCCGAGAUCUACCAACUCCAGAACGCCACUGUCGUGAUUGACACGGAUCGCAUCUGGGAGUUGGAGAAGCAGCUCGAGGCGUUGCGCGACCAGCUCGACACCCGGACGGUCGAGAAUGAGAGUCGCGUUUAUAACUGGACGAUGGCGGCGCGGGAUCCCUUUGCCGACGAUUUCAUGGAUAUCGAUCUUCCGGAGGAUGAUGAUGAUGGUGAUGGUGAUAAUGAUGAUGAUCAGCGGUUUGGGGAUGAUACUGUGGCCCAACUGGCCUGCAGUACGCCGUCGCGCCGAGCGAGGGCUUCGUUUCCCACCCCGCCACUUACUAGUCCUGCUGUUGAGACCCGGCAUCGGCAUCGCGACGUCCCGACGACUCCGGCAUCGACUGUGGGGGGAAGACAGGUCUUGCCUCCGACCACCCCGACAUGCCAUGCCGCCGUCCAGACUUCUUUCAUCAUGGAUCCGGAGAAACAAGAUCUCGAGGAGCAGGUGGAGUCUCUGCGGUUGGAAAUGUCCAAGCUUAGCAACACCCUCGACUCCUACACGUCCCUUGCAGGUCGCCUGUCGGAGCGCAUGGCGACCAUCGCCCCAUGCACUCCACGGGACGUCGGCAACAGCCAUUCCACUGCCACCUCUCCUCCACAAGCACAGGCACACGCGGAACUGGAGUCCCAGCUCGAAUCCCUCCUCCGGAGCAUCUCCGACCGCUCCGCAGCCCUCCACGCCCUCACAACCUCCGUCACCGCCCUGGGCUUCCCGGGACAAGACGCAGGCGAAGUGAUCUCCUCCAUCGCCACCGGGUUCCGCACCGCCCGCCUGGAGCUCGAGUACCUCACCCCCGGCGAGAUCGCGCUCCCCCUGACCUCCAACGGCGCCGCGGUGCUCGACCUCCUCCUGACGCGGCUCCGCGCCCUCGCGGCGCAAGCGAGGGAAGACGAGGCCGACAUUGACGAGUACCACGCCAUCGAGCAGUCGCUCCGGCGGCAGCUCGGCGCGCGGGUCGAGGCCAUGGAUGCGCUGUCGGCUGAUCUCGCGCGGGCGCGGGACCUGCUCGCGCAAAAGGACGGUAGGAUCCGCGAGCUGGAGGUGGCGGUGGAUAGGUUGAAGGGUGCGACGGGGAGCUAUGCGCACGACGUGGCCGAGUUGGAGGCCCUGGUGGGGAGGAUGGAGGGGGAGCACGGUGAGGUGUUGGCGCGGAGGGAUGAGGAUGUGGCGGAGCGGGAAAGGAGGAUCGAGGCGUUGAGUGGGAAGGUUGCUGCGUUGGUGGGGGAGACGGAGGGGUUGAGGGUGAUGAUUGCGGAGGUUGAGGCUGCGAGGGACGAGUCGGGACGGCGGGCGGGAGACGCGUUGGCGGCGCGGGAUGCGCGGGAUGCGCGGGUUGCCGAGUUGAAGGGGCAGGUGGAGAGGUUGAACGAGGCGCUGAGGAGAGCAGAUGAGAUGGUGAAGGAUUUGAGGGUUGAGAAGGGUGCUCUGCAGGGGCGUCUUGCGGAGGAGAGGGAGAGGGGGUGGAGGGCGGUUGAGGCCGUGCGGGAGGAGUUGGAGAGGGUUGUGAGUAUGAGUCGUGAGGUGCUUGCUACGCCUACCAAGAAGUCGGCAACGAGGGGUGGCGAGGAACAGACCGCCAUGGAAAAGGACCAAAGGGAUGCAGUUGUUGCUUCAAGGCGAGGCAGCCUGUUGGCUGGGGACCUUGCAAGGAAGGGCCGGGGAAGCAAGAGGUAUGAUAGCGGGGUGGGUCUGGUAGAGGGUGAUGCGACGGACAUUUGAGAUGAGAGCACAGAUGAGAUGACGAGACUCUGGGAGUUCUGCUGGCAUGGCCCAUGGGUUGGCAUGGGUUCAUGUUGUUUGUUGUUGUUAUGUGACAUUGCGCCUGGUGAUAGAGGUAGACGGCGUCUAGGCUUGCCCUUCGUUUCUGUUUCCUUUGUAAUCUAUAUCAUGGACAUAAGUCCUAGUUGAACUCAAAGACAUUUUCUUUGAUUAAAUGAGUCAAU